AUGUCGAUUUUCUUUGUAUCCCUUCUUUUCCUCUUCCUUUUUUUUCACACCUUUCAUUUUACCCUCUUAUUCUCUUUCAUUUCUCUUUCAUAUUUCCUGUCGUUUCUCUUUCAUUUCUCUUUUCCAUCUUCUUUUACUCUUUUUUUCAAAAUGGCUGUCCAAAAUGGCGGUCCUGUCUGUGAGUCACAAUCUCUCCCUGUCCAUGCCUUAAGCUUUCUUCCUCACUUUACAAUGGAAUUUAAACAACGGAACAGAAGAUUGAAUAGUUUCUUGCCUGUUCCUCUUUCUCGUUCGUUUACAUUCUUCAACCUUAACAGCCAAUAUUUUUUUUUCUUCUCGUCACGAAUACCUUUUUUCCAUUCUUACAUCGACGACGACCAUUCCUGUCGGGAUCGCUAUCGUAAUCUUAGUCCUUCCGAUACGUUAAAAAAAGAUAGCCUCUCUCUCUCUCUUCCCUUCUCUCCCCUCCCCCCUCUCUCUCUUUCUCUCUUUCUUCCCCUCUCCCCCCUCUCUCUCUCCCUCUCUCUCUCCAGACUGGUUCCCAUUCUUUUAUUCUUACUCUUUCUUUCUUACACACACUAUAUCACUCUCUCGCUCGUAAUCUCUCUUAAUGUCUCGCUAACUAUCACUCUUUCUCACACUCUCUUGACACUCUCUCUUACCCAUUCGAUCUUUCACUCACUGACUCGCUCUUUAACACGCUUUCUCAAAUUCUCACUCUUUCUCACUCGCUAUAUCUCUCGCUCCCACAAUCACACUUCAUGUCACUCUUUCUGCCACUCUCUCUCUCUCUCUCUCUUACUCUCUUUCACUCAUAAUCUUACACUGUUUCCCUCUUUCACUUACUUCCUCUCCCUCUCCCUUUAUUUCUGCUCGUUUCUUUUUUUUUUAUCUCAUAUGAACUACAAAAGUAACAUUCUCUUUUCGUUUCUUUCUUACCUUCCUUAUAUAUACAUAUCCAUAGACAAAAGAGUGAACACUGCUACUUCCCUUACUUUUCUCUUUUUAUCCUUUAUUUCUCUUUCGCUACUGCACUUGCAACCAUCUCUACCCUCCUUGCCAACCUUUGUUUCCGAGAACCUUCCUAGUGUCCAGCUGCUCUUAGAGCUUAUGGCCGGAGAGAAUUACCGGCACUUUUCCGGGUGCAUUAAAGUAUCAAGUAGCCAUAAACGGGCCUAA